ACUGAUAGCCUAACUGUGUCAGUGCCUCUGAUCAAGUCUGUCUCAUAACAGCAAAAUGGCACCCAACGGAAUCACUGCUCGCUUAGCCAGUAAACUGUAGAUAACCGUCAGAAUUCUUUAUGUAGACUGAGCUUCGGCUCGACGAUACUCCAAACAAAUACUGCGAUUUAGGCUACAUGUCAUGUCACAGACAUACGUGUCAGAUCGAAGGUUUGCCGCGAGAAUUGCUCAGUCGUAUCCCGAACCCGUCCGAUAUUUAAGUAAUCCACAGAAGUUCCGACUUAUUAUAAUAGGGAGAUGGGAGGCUGCUGCGGAUGGUGCUACCGAACCUGCACCUGCUGUCUGACGGAGGAUGAAAGGAAAUCAAUCGCAGUAGACAAGGAAAUCAAGCGAAUCCUCGCCGAUCAGAAGAAGAGAGAGCGCCGAGAAAUCAAGGUUCUCCUUCUGGGCACAGGAGAAAGCGGGAAAACCACUUUUAUCAAACAGAUGAGAAUCAUCCAUGGGAAGGGCUACUCCGAGGAUGACAGGCGUGCCUUUGACAAACUGGUUUUCCAGAACAUCUUCACAGCAAUUAAGGCCAUGACAGCCGCCAUGUCUACCCUCAAGAUCCCUUAUGCCACCCAGCAGAAUGAGAUGUAUGCGCGGCGAGUUCAAGAUGUAGACAUCCAUCAGGUGAUGCAGCUGGAACGGCCCUAUGUGGAAGCAAUUCAGCGCCUCUGGGCAGACUCUGGCCUCAAGGUCUGCUACAGUCGCCGGCGAGAGUACCAGCUGCUGGACUCCACAGAAUAUUUCAUGACCAACCUGGACCGAAUAGCAGCUCCAAACUACAUCCCCACAGCCCAGGACGUGUUACGGGUCCGUUUUCCGACCACUGGGAUCAAUGACUACUCUUUUGUAGUGGAGAAGAUCACACUCAGGAUUGUGGAUGUAGGGGGGCAGAAGUCAGAGAGACGGAAGUGGAUCCACUGCUUUGAGAACGUGACAUCGCUCAUCUUCCUUGCGUCACUCAGCGAGUAUGACCAGGUCCUGGAGGAGAACAACAAAGAUAACCGUAUGCACGAAAGCCUCACGCUGUUCCACACCACCAUCCACUCGCCAUGGUUCGCCAAUGCCUCCAUUAUCCUCUUCCUCAACAAGAUGGACAUCUUGGCCGAAAAGAUCAAGACGUCGGACCUGCAGUCCUACUUCACCGGCUUCCGAGGGAAGAAGCGUGACGCGGAUGCGGCCAAGGACUACAUCCGCGAGCUGUACAAGGAGCAGGCCGUGAGCCACGAGAAGAAGGAGAGCAAGAGCAUUUACUCGCACUUCACGUGUGCCACUGACACCAACAACAUCCGCAAUGUGUUCAGCGACGUGAAGGACACAGUGCUCAUCAAGUCUCUGCAGGAGUAUGGCGUGCUGUGAGGGGCCCAGGUCGUGGAGAUCGUGGCCCUGCCUCUCAGGGAUGUGGAACCUUUCCACCCCCACCGCCUCUUGCCUUUUUUGUACAGAGGCGCAUCCCAUCGGCCUAGUUGUUUUAGUUUUUAAAUACGGUACAACUCUAAACAACCUCUAGCAAAAAAGCGGGGGAAAAAACUCAAAUACACAAAGUUUAACUGAAGAGAGUGAAAAGGUUCUCAUUUUACCCACCAUGCAAUG